AUGAAGAGGAUCGGGAGUGCUUAAAGCAAGCCAUCACUGCUCUUCUGAAUCUGCAGUGCAGCAUGGAGCGCAUUUACAGCAAACACUCCCCAAGACGUCGGCCUGGGGAGCCAGUCUGUCGCUUCUAUAACCGACAAAUAAGAAGCAAGCACUUGGCCAUCAAGAAAAUGAAUGAAAUCCAGAAAAAUAUUGAUGGCUGGGAAGGCAAAGAUAUUGGGCAGUGCUGUAAUGAAUUCAUAAUGGAAGGUAGCUUGACAAAAAUAGUGACGCAAUUAAUGAUCAGCUGUAAAACUAAUCACGGUCAAUCACGGCUUCCUGGUUACAGCAAUGCAGAGUACAGACUGAAGGAAAAAAUCAUCAUGAGGAAAAUACAGAUUAUUGAUAAAGAUGACACAUCUGAAUACAAACAUGCUUUUGAACUGGUGUCUAAAGAUGAAAACAGUAUACUGUUUGCUGCCAAGUCUGCUGAAGAGAAGAGUAAUUGGAUGGCCGCUCUGAUUUCCCUCCAGUAUCGCAGUACUCUGGAUAGGAUGCUUGAUUCAAGGAAUGGCAUUCCUAUCAUCAAAGGAGGAACAGUUGUGAAAUUAAUCGAAAGGUUAACGUACCAUAUGUAUGCAGAUCCUAAUUUUGUACGUACUUUCCUUACCACAUACCGCUCGUUUUGCAAGCCCCAGGAACUGCUGAGUUUACUGAUUGAAAGGUUUGAAAUCCCAGAGCCUGAGCCUACUGAAGCAGACAGGCUGGCAAUCGAGAAAGGAGAGCAGCCUAUCAGCGCAGACCUUAAGCGAUUUCGCAAGGAAUAUGUCCAGCCAGUACAACUCAGAAUAUUAAAUGUUUUUCGUCACUGGGUAGAGCACCAUUUUUACGAUUUUGAAAGAGAUCUGGAGUUACUAGAGAGAUUGGAGACGUUUAUUUCCAGUGUAAGAGGAAAAUCCAUGAAGAAGUGGGUGGAAUCAAUUGCUAAAAUCAUCAAGAGAAAGAAAGCUCAAGCAAAUGGAAUUAGUCACAACAUCACCUUUGAGAGCCCACCUCCCCCCAUUGAGUGGCACAUUUGGCGUGUUGGGCACAGCGAAACGCUGGACCUCAUGACCCUGCAUCCUAUAGAAAUUGCUCGACAGCUGACGCUUCUUGAGUCUGACCUUUAUAGGGCCGUACAGCCUUCUGAGCUCGUUGGUAGUGUUUGGACUAAAGAAGAUAAGGAAAUUAACUCCCCAAAUCUAUUGAAAAUGAUUCGUCAUACUACAAAUCUUACUCUUUGGUUUGAAAAAUGCAUCGUGGAAACCGAGAACUUUGAAGAGCGAGUGGCUGUGCUGAGUAGGAUUAUAGAAAUCCUGCAGGUUUUUCAAGACCUCAAUAAUUUCAACGGUGUUUUGGAGAUUGUCAGUGCAGUGAACUCUGUGUCAGUGUACAGACUAGAUCACACGUUUGAGGCACUACAGGAAAGAAAAAAAAGAGUUUUGGAUGAAGCAGUGGAAUUAAGUCAAGAUCAUUUUAAAAAGUAUCUAGCUAAGCUCAAGUCAAUCAAUCCACCCUGCGUGCCUUUCUUUGGAAUAUACCUAACAAAUAUUUUGAAGACAGAAGAAGGGAAUCCUGACUUCCUUAAAAGACAAGGGAAAGAAUUAAUUAACUUCAGUAAGAGGAGGAAAGUGGCUGAAAUUACAGGAGAAAUUCAGCAGUAUCAAAACCAGCCUUACUGCUUGCGGAUAGAGCCAGAAAUUCGGAAAUUCUUUGAAAAUCUCAAUCCUAUGGGGAAGAUACCAGAAAAAGAGUUUACAGAUUAUCUGUUCAACAAGUCAUUAGAAAUUGAACCUCGAAACUGCAAGCAACCACCUAGAUUUCCUAGAAAAACAACAUACCCCCUGAAAUCGCCCGGGAUAAGGCCCAAUACUGGCAGACACGGCUCCACCUCUGGCACCUUGAGAAGUCAUCCACUGCCACUUGAAAAGGAACCGAGUAAGAUAAGUUUCAGUAGAAUCACCGAGGCAGAGCAUGAAUCAACGGUAUCAGCACCAACUUCUCCAAACACACCGUCUACGCCGCCAGUGUCUGCUUCUUCAGAGUUCAGUGUCUUUUUAGACAUCGAUCUCAACAGUUCUUACGGUAACAAUAGCAUCUUCGCUCCUGUCAGUUUGCCACAAUCAAAGACUUUCUUCAGCUCGUGGGGUAGCUUUCCUAAACUAAGUGAUGAGCCUCAAAACCCUCCUCCACUUCCUCCACGAAAAAAGAUGGAUCAGGAUGCUUCUAAUGCUAAGGGAAGUUUGAAGUUGGAUGACGAUCCUCCUGCGAUUCCACCUCGGCAGCCGCCGCCUCCAAAGAUACAGCCCCGUGCUCCUGCUUACACUAACCCCUUU